AUGGGUAGCGCUGAGGGCUCUCACCCAUCAUACGCUGUGUAUGCAGGUUGUAGCUUCAUCAAGAAAAUGCACCUUAUUUAUCUUCGGCCUACGUGCACAACUAUUCACAGACCCAUCACAAGAGACUUCCACACAAAUCAUAUAGAAAACUUAUCAACGCAACCACAGCCGUUGGACGCUUCACAUCCAUCAAACCGAGACGAACAGUUUUCAUCCUUCCUUCACAAUGACAUCCUAGAACGAGACACAUCACCAGUAUUACCUGAACCCUUAAGCUUUAUCCUUCAACCGCGAUAUGUGACGCAAAAGAGGAAUGAAGAGGGAGGCGGGGGACCAAGAGGAGAUGCUUUUGCGCCGCAUACAACGAGUGAUUCAGAUAACUCUGGCAGUAACACUGAGACUGCAGAAGAUUGUGAAACUGAAACUUUUAGUUGUGAUAGCGUUUUUAAUACUCGUAAACGAAAAUCGUAUACUAACAAUUCAAAUUCUUCAGAACCUAAAAGCAAGAGAUCUGGACUCGACCCCAAACAUUUCAGUGACGAAGAAAACUCUGACAAUAUUUCGAUCAAUUCCAGUGUAUUGAGGAGAAAUAUAGGAGAUGACCUAAAUUUAGAAGCCUCAUCUUUCGUAAUCGAGCUUACACAUAUAAAAGGCCACCAAAGCCAGCUGUUGUCACCUUCAUCAGUUUUUGCAUUCAACAUCAGACCUGAAUCACGCGCGCACCAGUCAUCCCUUCUACUAAACCCUUUUGCCGAAGAAGGUGGCCUAAGUGCACACACGCAGCCGCCAUCUCCACCGCCGGGCCCUACAGCCGAAGUAAGCAACCCGACACCACACGAGCAGUCACCAUCUCCACCGCCGAACCCUGCAGCCGAAGAAGGCAACCCGAGACCACGUGAGCAGUUACCAUCUCCACCGCCGGACCCUACAGCCGAAGAAGGCAACCCGAGACCACGCGAGCAUUCACCAUCUCCACCGCCGGACCCUGCAGCUGAAGAAGGCAACCCGGAACCACGCGAGCAGUCACCUUCUCCACCGCCGGACCCUGCAGCCGAAGAAAAUAACCCGGGACCACGCGAACAGUCACCAUCUCCACCGCCGGACCCUGCAGCCGAAGAAGGUAACCCGGGACAACGCGAGCAGUCACCAUCUCCACCGCCGAAACCUGCAGCCGAAGAAGGCAACCCGGGAUCACGUGAGCAAUCACCAUCUCCACCGCCGGACUCUGCAGCCGAAGAAAGCAACCCGGGACCACGCGAGCAGUCACCAUCUCCACCGCCGGACCCUUCAGCUGCAGAAGCCAGCCCGGGAUCACGUGAGCAAUCACCAUCUCCACCGCCGGACUCUGCAGCCGAAGAAAGCAACCCGGGACCACGCGAGCAGUCACCAUCUCCACCGCCGGACCCUUCAGCUGCAGAAGCCAGCCCGAGAUCACGUGAGCAAUCACCAUCUCCACCGCCGGACUUUGCAGCCGAAGAAGGCAACCCGAGACCACGCGAGCAGUCACCAUCUCCACCGCCGGACCUUGCAGCCGCAGAAGGCAACCCGUGA